UCAGUUUAGGGCAUGUCAUGUUGGAACAGGUCUGCUGCAAACAGAACACAGAGAUCUUUCAAGUGAUUCUAAGUCUUUAUCCAGAUAUCAUGGAGCCUGCAUCCUCUAAUUUUUCUGGCUACUGUGUAUGCUUUCUUUUCUUGCAAGUGAUAACAUCAACUUCAGAGAAACUGAUGGUAACUGUUCCCAUGGGGCACUUGGUGGCUAGAGUAGGAGGACAGGCUGCUCUCAGCUGCCAGUUGUUCCCACCACGAAAUGCAGAGCACAUGGAGGUGCGCUGGUUCAGGGGUGACAAUUCCACGCUUGUUCACCUAUACAGAGGUGGUCAUGAAGUAAAUGGAGAAGCUGCCCCCGAAUAUGUAAACCGCACAGAGUUUGUGAAAGAGGCCAUGGGAGAGGGCAAAGUGACCCUCAGAAUUCAUAACGUCAGCAUUUCUGAUGAUGGACUGUACUGGUGUUCAUUUAAAGACGCUAACUUCAGUGAUACAGCCAGACUGAACCUAAGCGUGGCAGCACUUGGCUGGGAAACACAGAUCAGUGUUCAGGUUCUGAUUAAUGACGGACUCCUGGUGCAGUGUGACUCAGGAGGGUGGUUCCCACAGCCCCAAAUGGAGUGGAGAGACAGCAGGGGAGAGGUAGUUCCACAUUCAUCAAAAUCGUACUCACAGGAUGGAGCCAGACAGUUCCACAUGAAGAUGACUCUUCUCCUCAGAAACCUGUCAGACAGGAUUAUGUGCUAUGUUUGCAACCCUCUAACAGGUGAAGAGAAACGAACAAGUAUCAUCCUAGCAGAGUGUGUGCCUCGAUGUCUACCUCGAUGUCUACCUCGAUGUCUUGAUAUGUUGAACUCCAUGUGUGCUCAAUUCCUGCUUUGCAUAAUCUGUUCUGCCACACUUCUUAUUGUGUAUGUGCCAUUCCGGACCAGAGUCUCUAUUUCAGAUCCAUUCUUUUCCUUGUACAAUAGCUGGAUGAAAGAUAUAGUAAUUGUGGCAUUGUUCUGAUGGUAUAUUUUAUCUUCGUGAUCUGGUACCUGAUAUCGAAUCUAAAAGGU